AUGGUGGAGGAAAAGGAGGCGGAAUUAGCUAAGCGACGUCAGGAGAUACGCCGAAUGCAAGGUAACGUCGCAUCACCGCUUGGCCCCGAGCCCAAUUUUCCUCCCCAAUUUUUGUGCAUCAAACCUUUGGUGUAUCACAACAUCAAGGAACAGGUACCAGUACCUUCGCAACGCUUUAUGUACACUCUUGCUUUCAUGUACUUUGCCCUCAUUGCGAUCAUUAUCUACAAUAUAUCGAUCGCACUUCUAAGCUUUGUUUUCGGCGGGAGUGGCAUGCACUUUGGUCUGUCGUUUGUGUACCUUGUUGGAAUUCCUGGAGCGUUUGUUGUUUGGUAUUACAAUGUGUACUCAUCGGUGGUAAAUGAAGCCAAUUCCAGGCGCUGGCUUGGGUACGUUGGUCUCGCCUUAGGUGUGAUAUUCGACAUAUGGAUGGCCGUUGGGGUUAGCGGUCUUGGGGGGUGCGGAUGGAUCAUGGCGCUUGGUGAAAAGAACUUCCUCGUGUUUAUCCUUGCUAUCAUAUCCGCAUCUCUCUGGACAGCUCAUUGUCUUAUGCUUUUAUUAUUGGGAAUUAAAUACUUUCGCAUGGCUUCGUCAGCCAAACCCGAGGCCGGCGCGCCUGCUGACACAGCCCCAUAG